AUGGGUUCUAGGAACGUUUCUUGGCAGGCUUGUAGGAAUGCCAGGACGGUCGGUCCCUGCUCAAACCCUCCCCUCCCCGCUCCCCUCCCCGUCGCCGCUGCCGCGGAGCCGGACGUCCCAACCAUGCGCCGCCAGUUUUUGCUGCCGACGCCGCCCCUGCAGGAGGCUGCGACGCCGAGGCCGAAGGUGCCGCGGCCGCCCCGUCAGCAGCAGCAGCAGCAGCAGCCGUCGGAGAAGCUGCCGGCGGAGAAGCUGCGCUCCAUGCCACCGCUUGCGGCCCAGGCGUUGGCAUCCCUCGGGCCAGGACAGCAGGUGCGCGUGCGGCAGAUCCUGGCGACCUGA